ACUAGUGUGUCGAAAAAGUGACACGGCACUUUUAACCUUCACAUUUUGGCACUUCGAUAAAAUUCGUUUAAGUCUAUACGGGAGCAUACAUUACCAAGUGCGACGAGUGCUAUUACGAUGGAUUUUACUUACGCAAAUAUCAGCAAAGUAAUUGGUAUAAAUACUUUACCAUUUUGUGCAAACCUACAUUCACAAGACCUGUGAAGAACUAAUAGUACAGUUCAUCAUGAGGUCUGCAAUCGUCUUGUUUGCCCUUGUGGGUUGUACUCUGGCCACUUUCCCGGCCUUUAAGGAGAACACCGAAUAUGUCUACUUGGUUAACGGACGCACACUGACUGGACUUCACGAGGUUGCGGAUCAAUACUCGGGCAUUUUCAUCAAAGGAAAACUCCAUAUCUAUCUGAGAACCGAUGGAAAGCUUCAAGGACAAAUAUCCGAUGCCCAAUAUGCCCAGAUCCAUUCUGAGUUACCAGGAGGCUGGAAGUCCUUUGUACCAGAAUCCCAGUUGACAUAUAAACCAUUGUCGCUGUCUGAGAAGCCUUUCCAAAUUGAACUCCAAGAUGGCAUCUUACACAACGUCAUCGUCGAGAAAGAUAUGACCAACUGGGAAGCGAACUUUGUGAAAAGUAUUAUGAGCCAAUUCCAACUUGACGUUCAAGGAAAACGCGCAGUCUACAAUCCCAUCAACACUUUCCCCAGCGAAGGCAGAAACGAUGGAGUUUUCAAAACCCUGGAAGAAACGAUCACUGGCGAAACGGUAACGUCUUACGAGAUCCACCCUUUGCCCGAAUAUCAACUCCAGAGCGAACCCUGGUUAGCUCCCCAGCUUAACCUCAAAGGGGAUGGUGAAAUCAUGGAAGUUGUGAAGAACAAAAACUACAGCGAAGCUUACGACCGUCCGUCUUACCACUAUGGAUUUGGAAGCAUCGACGAGGCUGAACCCACGUCCAAUCGCAUUGGACAAUUCUUCGUUAGGAACGCAAAGACCCGCGCCAUUUUGACCGGAAAACUUUCACGCUUCACUGUACAAUCUGUCCUCACAGUCAACAAGAUCUUGGUCAACCCUGUCUGGGACAACAAAGAGAAGGGUUCCGUCAUCAGUAUGGUUAAUUUGACCCUGGACAAAGUACAGAACCAAGGCCAACAACCACCAGAGCUCUCGAGUCCGGUUUCGAUCGGAAACCUUGUCUACUCAUACGAAAGCCCUUUCGCUGAUGCCGACCAUGUAAGCGGCGGUCAAAAACGCAGGCACCUUUCCAAAUUGGAAUCGAGCGAAGAAAGUGGAGAACAAACGUGGGGAAGAUUCCGCCGUUCUGCCAGGCAAAUGAUCGAAAAACUUUACAAAUCCGAUCAACAAAGUUCCGAGGAAUACGUCCAACAACAACCCCAACCCGGGAUGAACACGGCCCCUGAGCUACCUCUCCUCCCUUACUUCAUGGGAUACCACGGAAAGUCCAUCAAACAAAGCGGCAGCUUUGACUUGAAACAAAAUGUACAAAAGAUCGCCCAAGAGAUCGGACAAGACAUUCAGGAGCCCGAAAAAAUCUUGACCGAAGCGACCCUCAGCAAAUUCACCAUUCUAUGCUCCCUUAUCCGUUUGAUGGACACCGCUGAAUUGAAUUCCGUCGCUCAAGCUUUGUACACUCAAUCGAAACAAGGCCCUCAGCGUGAUGCCUGGAUAGCAUUCCGUGACGCAGUCUCUGAAACUGGCACGGGACCCGCCUUUUCGACAAUCCAGGAAUGGAUCAAAUCUAAGAAAAUCGAAUACGAAGAAGCUGCGGAAAUUGUCUCGACGAUGGCUUAUUCGGUAAGGACACCGACCGAAGAAUACAUGCGCAAAUUUUUCGAACUGGUGCAAGAUCCCGUGGUUAGUUCCCAAAAUCACUUGAACGAAUCCGCUCUGCUUUCCUUUACCGACUUGGUAAACCGUGUUUACGUCAACUCCAACCAGUCGCACAGUCAAUACCCGGUCCACAGCUUCGGAACUUUCAACACCGCUCAGGGAAGGAAAUUCAUGAAAGACGAGGUCAUCCCUUACGUUUCGAGCUGCUUGGACCGUUCCAUUCAAGAAGCGGAUUCGAGUAAAAUCCAUGUUUACAUCCGAGCCCUCGGGAACAUUGGACACAGGAAUAUCCUUUCGUCGUUCGAAAAAUAUUUAGAGGGGGAACAAAAAUGCUCCCAAUUCCAACGUAUGAUGAUGGUAGUUUCCCUGGACAAACUAGUGGAAUCGUAUCCCGUGACUGCUCGUUCGGUUCUGUACAAGAUCUACCAGAACCCGAGUGAAAUUCAGGAGAUCAGAGCAUCCGCCGUUUACCAACUUAUCCGUACCGUGCCUCCAGCUGAAAUGCUGCAAAGCAUGGCCGAGUACACCAACAUUGACAAACAAGAACUCGUUAACGGUGCCGUCAAAUCUGCUAUUGAAACGGCCUGCCAGUUAAGAAGCCCACGGCUGCAAAAAUUGCGUCACGCUGCCGAAUCCGCUAGACCCCUCCUCACUAGCAAAGUUUACGGGAUAGAAAACUACAACGGCUGGAAAGAUUACGUGCAUGAAAAAAUGCAACAGGAAUACGUCCACCACGUAUACCACAUUGGAUCCGAAGAAAGCUAUUUGCCCAAGUCGCUGAAAUAUCAGGUCAAAGGCCGCAUCAAUGGAAUGAACGAGCACUUUGUUAAUGUACAAGCAAUGGUAUCCAGUAUCAAGGAAUUGAAGAACGUUUUGUUCCAACAAACCGAACAAUAUGAACAACUCAAAUCCCAGCGAUCCCAACAAGGUGGACAAAACAAAUGGUCGAGCGAAAACGUCGCCCGUAUGUUGAAUUUGGAAACGCCGGAGAAGGAGCAACUCGAAGGUUUCAUUUAUACUCAAAUGGGAUCCUUACAUAAGCUGUGGUCAAUCGACAACAACACCCUAGAGAGAUUGCCAGAACAAAUUCGCCAGUUGGAAGAAUCUCUGAAGAAUGGUAAACAACAACGGUACACCAAAUUGGGCAACCUCAAGGAACUAGCUAUCUCGUUCCCCACGGAAAUGGGUCUUCCAUUUUUGUACGCCUACGAUAUGCCUGUAGUACUCAACGUUCAAGCUAAUAUUAAGGCAGCCGCUUCUCCUUCAUUUUCCCAAAACAACAAAUUGGAAAUGCCCGAGACCAUUACCGCCGAAGUUAACUCAAAUAUGAUCGUCAGCGGUAAAGUUCAAAGCCAUUUGUCCUUCGUUACUCCCUUCGACCACCAGCAAUAUAUCUCCGGCUUUAACCGAAACCUCCAUUUCAACAUCCCAGUCAACGCUAAGAUUGAAAUCGACGUUAAAAACAUGCAAUCGAAAUGGGAAAUAGACCCAUCAAAGGUUAAGGGAGAAAGAUUGCUCCACUACAGCGCCUGGCCGUUUACCUCGAGAAGCGAUGUUAUGACUAUCACUCCUACAGCACUCAGGCCCAAUACCCAAGUCAUCACGCAAAACAACCAAAGGCAGUACGAUAAAAUAUUCGGUGAGAAAAACACCGGACUAGCGUUCCGCCUUUGGGGACACCACCACGAACAAUCUUUGAACUUGCUGGAGUUGAUGCGAGUAUGGAAAUCUGAGAACAUCAUAACCGCGUGGGAACAACUCUGGGAUAACGCAUGUAUGCAUCAAUCUGAAUUCAGCGUCGCAUUUGUACCUGGUCAGUCCACCACCCGCAAAAUCACUUUAAGGUUAGGACUUCAAAAAGCCUACAAGAAACAACCGGAAAUGCCGCAAAGGGCUGGGUUCAUCACGUUGGACCAAUUAAAUCAGAUUAAGGCGGAACCCAUGGAAAGGCAAAAGCAAAUUAUGAAACAUGUUGGAUCUGGAAUCAAUAGCGCUUAUCUCCGCGCCUAUGAUAUGCUUGUUGAGUUCGAAGGUGAUAGACAAAGGCAACACUCCUUAACUUUGGGCUUAGCUAAGAGUAAUGUCGAUCCUAAACACUAUGGACUAGUAUAUUACAAGAACAAUGUAAGAGACGAACCGGUACAACUUGCAGCUCAAAUUCAAGGAGAAAUCCCAAACACCAACGGUCUUGACUUGACUUACGCGUUGAAAACUGAACCUUCUGCUAAGUUCAACUAUUUGAUUUCUUACGGACCAAGCGAAUCGAAAUCGAUGAAGGUCCAAGGCAAGAUUACCAUGCGCAGAAGCUCAGAGAGGAAGGAAUAUUUACUGAGUCAACCUUUGUACCAAGUAUGCAAACAAGAAAUGCAAGAGGGCAACCGUAACCUUCCAGCCUGCGCUAACCUGACCAUCCAAGCCAACUUCUUCGACAGAAUGGAAGUACAAAUGAAACCCGAAAACUGGGACGAGAAGAUCACUCGCCCCAUCAAGGACGUAUACAGAGGCAUUCGCUUGUUCUUUUACCCAAUGACCCAGUUCGAAAGCGCACAAUCGCAGGAUCAACAAUACCUCGCGGAAGUCCGUUUCCAACCCAACUUGAAAUACUUGAACAUUUCAGUUACCGGCGAACACGAGAAAGCUACGAUUUCUGAUAUUCCCAUGAACGAAUGGGCCCAGACUAUUGUUGUUCCCCAUCCAGUAUUCCACCUUCGAUCUCGUAUGUUCGGCAAGGCCGUCGGCUUCAAGAACUUCAGACCUACUUGCGUGGUCGACCAUACUGCGACGCAGACUUUCAACAACAAGACUUACCCCAUCUCCUUAGGAAGCGACUGGACCGUAAUGAUGCAAUACGUGCCGCAACAAGCGAGACGUCUUGGUCAACAAAGCACCCAAUCCAACGCAGAACAACAACUAAAAGAACAAAUGGAAAACUUCGUCGUGUUGGUUCGUGAACAGUCGGAGCACAAAGAACUCAAGAUCGUGAUCAACAGUCCUCAAACCGAAGAAAAGCAGGUGGAGAUCGCCAUGCAGCCUACCGAAGGUCAGGGUGAAUUCUCUGGUUCCAACCCUGCAGCAACCGUUUUGGUCGAUGGCCAGAAAGUAACAAUCAACGACAAACAAAGCACCGACUUAAACGAGGGAUACAUCCAGAUCUACGCUCUACCAAAUGGCGAAGUAAAAGUUGAAAUCCAAGAUACCUUCUACGUGAUCUACGAUGGCGAACGCGUAAGAAUUACCACAGUCAACGACAAAUUGGGCAACGAUAUUGUUGGAUUGUGCGGUCGUUUCAACGCUGACCAGUUUGAAGAUUUCCUCACUCCUAGCAAUUGCGUUGCGAAAGAUGUCCAGAAAUUCAUCCAAAGUUACAAGAUCGGACAGAACCAACAGCGUUUGGGUGCAAGCCAGGAAUGCGUACAGAAAGUAUUGCCCCUGUACGUCAACUAUAUUUCUGAAAUCGAUUCAGGCAAGCAGAGCCUCGACCAGAGUAGGAAAGGAUCCAGUGGUACCAGACUUCAACACCGUUACGUAGAGGAAAACGGAAGUCUUUGCUUUACCACCCGCGCGGUUCCGGUUUGCAAACACAGAGUGCGUAGCACCAUCAGCAAAGACAUUCCCGUCGUUUGUAUCGACAAGACCAAGGCUGCUUACCUCUUCAAAAAGCAAAUCGAUGCAGGUGGCAAUCCUGACUUCAGCCACAAACAGCCAACCAAAACUGUGAAAAUGGACGUCGCCCAACGCUGUUAUUAAUUUAUUUAUUUUAUUGGUUAAGUAUCAAGAGCAUCCCACAAAAUGUAAAAAAAAUAAGACGAAUAUAUUGCACAUUUUCAAAAAUA